AUGAAAGUUUCUUUUGAAGAUCAGGAGCUAGCCGUCGAGAUACCGACGGAUAUUCUUGACAAGUACCACGACGAAUAUCAAGCCCGUCAAAACAAGUAUUUCGGUUGUGCAAAGUACGAACGGGCCGCUAGGAUUGCGCAACGGUUUCUGAAGCGCCAUUUGCGAGCGUUGACCAGGUUCAAUGAUGAAGAAGCCCUGUUGCAAGACAGAAUGGAAGCCCUUUUGGAUGUGCAAAACAUUGAGCUCGAGACCGUGCAAGGAUACAAAGUUGAACGUUUGGCAGAGUUGGAUCAGGAAUGGAAGAGGAACUGA